CGUCUACUGUUAUUCAACCCAAGGAAACAACGGGGUGGGUUGAAGAUGCAUAUGUUGACGAGUCAGUUGGUACUAGUAAACCCUAUUCCAGAAUGCGGGCGGAGGGGAUUCCUGAUGAGUUGGAAGAAGAACCAACAGAAAGCGAGUCUCAUGGUACAAAGAUUAGAAGAAAACCAACUGGGAAAAAACAACAUAGCAUGGAUGUCGGAGGUAAAAAGGGGAAAAGUGUAGAUAUAGAUGAUGAGGGGUACUCAACAACAGAAAACAUUGAAUUAUCUGCUCAUGCUUCUCGGGAUCUUCAUGAGGUAUUUAAGGAAAUCAAGGAUGAGUGCGAGGAUGCUUUUAGUUACGGCAAACAGGUUGCCUUGAUGCUUGAAGCUGGCAAGCUGCCUUACCAAUCAAAGUUUCAUCUUCUUAAGGGGAUCUUAUCCAAGAUUCUCGCUCCGUUGGCGCCUUCCUCAACAACUUCAAGCUCGAGGUCUCGAGUUACAGAGCUAGCAGGAUCCUAUAAUGUGCAUGAUGUCCCGUCCCUUAACCUGUCUUCUACUUUGGAGAAGCUAUACAUGUGGGAGAAGAAGUUAUACAAGGAAGUAAAGGAUGCAGAGAGGUUAAGAGUGAUGCACCAGAGAAUGCUCAAGAGGUUGACUAAAUUGGAACCAUGUCAACCAAAUUCUAGCCAGAUCCAUGCUGUGCAGGCUUCUAUCGAACGGUUUAGGACUAAACUUGAUAUAUCUAUGAAACUUAUUGAUGCCAUAUCUAGCGAGAUACACCAAGUGAGGGACAUGGAACUGCAGCCACAAGUCAGAAAGCUGAUCUACGGACUCAUACGAAUGUGGCAAUCAAUUGGGAAAUGUCAUCGAAAGCAGCUUGAAGCCAUCAAGGAGAGCAGAAUUCUUACUUUAAAGGCUAAUUCCAGCAUGGAAAGAGAUUCAAGCAUGGGAACCACUAUUGAGCUCAAAACAAGACUUGUAACUUGGGCCCAGCAUUUUAAUAGCUGGAUUAAUGCUCAGAAAUCAUUUGUGGAUUCCUUAAACAGGUGGUUACUACAAUUUAAUAUUGAUCAUGAACCCGAAAUAAACACUGAUGCUGGUGAGGUUCCAUAUUCCCCGGGUCGGUCAGGAGCUCCUCCAAUUUUCAUCAUUUGCAAUGACUGGCAGCGACAACUCAAAGGUGUUUCACAAGAACAAGUUUCCAUAGCGAUGAAUAAGUUCGCUCUGAAAUUAAGGCAAUUGCUAGAAAGAGAAGAUGAAAUACAACGGCUUAGGAAGAGCCAAGUGGAUCUGGAUCAUGAAAAAGCUAUGGAGUUAGUUAAGAAUGUUGGUGUUGGUAGUUUACAAGGUGGUCUAAUUCCUAUUUUCAAGGCGCUAGAGAAUUUCAGCCGUGACGUUUUUAAAGCUCAUAAGCACGUAAGGCUGCAAUAACAGGCUAUUUGAGCAUACUUCCAAGGCUAAGCUAUGAAGCUAAUUGUUAUGCUUAUUUGUAAAUUUUAGGACCAUUUUGCUAGACUAGUGAUAUCGAGACUAGCUUUGCUACAUUUUGUUUAGAUAGAAUCAUCUAUAUGCGAGAUAAACCUUUU